GUGCAUCCGCCACCAUCCCCACGAACAUCGUGUUGCCAACUGCCCCGUGUGCAGGUAAAGCGACACACAUAUGGGUGUGAAUGGGUCGUUCAACAUGUCCCCCUGCAUUCGGAAGUGCGUCGUGUUGAUCAGGAGGGGGACUGCGGAGGCUGACAUCCAGGCCAACCACGGCGUGAGAGAGGUCAUGGUUUCCCUCCUGGCGGUUCACAUGCAAACGGUGAGACAAACAAACCGACACACACCGUGACUACGACAGCCAUGCUCAUAUCGUGUGUGUGUGUGUGUAUGUGUGUGUGACUGUCUUCUUGGCAGGUGGAUCUGCCGAGGGGCACUUCGCUAACCCGACAGCAGUACCACGGCCUGCUGGGACUGCUGGGCGACCACACUAUGAAGCUGCAGUCCGUCUACCGGUAUGUGUGCAGCCGACAAACACAAGCAGAGGGAGAGGAACAAAGCAUCGUCUGCGUGUGUACGUCAGGUCAUUCCGUGACGGCACCUUUGUCGCCGAUCUGAAAAAGUUCUAUGCGGAUGAGAUAGAGGUGCUGCACGUGUGCACAUUUGGCGUAGCAUGAGCUGCUGCUUGAAUGUGAGUGUCGGGUGUGCGUGAGAGACAUAACAGACCUAUCAAUGAUUUCUUGUCUACAUUCCGUCCGUCCAGUUGAAUCCAUCAGCCAACCACACAUAAACUCACCACCCAACAGGCAGACAAGCACGUAAUCCAUGGUGAUGCGCUUGCUGCGGGGUGUCAGCCACAGACCUCUCAGCUGUUUGAUCAUGUCUGUCUGUGUUUGUCUGUUUGCUUGGUCAUCUCUUUGACUGUUUAUCUGUUUGUCUGUCUGUCUGUCUGUCUGUCGA